ACCCCAGCUCAGACUCCCCAGAGCUAGCUUUUACACCGCUUCCUCCUCGGAACAAGAAUCUUUUCCUGGACUGGAACUGGAACUAAAGUCCGCUGGGAGCUCCGGACAUCUGCGAUACAGAGAUUAUUUGUACCCCGGCGUCUCCAGGCUGGUAAGCGGGCUGAGCAGAGCAAGAGGGAUGGGGAGCGGCGCCGGGGAGCGGGGCCGGGCUGGCGGGCGGCCAGUGCUCUUUCCCUUCCUGCUGGCUUUGUUCUGCCCCGCGCUCUCGGAGCAGAUCCGCUACAGGAUUCUCGAGGAGAUGCCCAAGGGCUCGGUAGUGGGGAACCUCGCCAAGGACCUGGGCUUCAGUGUCCAGGAGUUGCCGACUCGAAAACUGCGCGUCAGUCCGGAGAAACCUUACUUCGCCGUGAGCGCAGAGAGCGGGGAGCUGCUUGUGAGCAGCAGGCUAGACAGGGAGCAGAUAUGCGGGAGGAACCCAGCUUGUGCUCUGGAAUUCGAGGCUGUUGCUGAAAAUCCCCUGAACUUUUAUCACGUGAAUGUGGAGAUCGAGGACAUUAAUGACCACACGCCGAAAUUCGCGCAAGAUUCCUUUGAGCUGCAAAUUAGUGAGUCUGCACAGCCGGGCACUCGAUUUAUCUUAGGAUCUGCCCAUGAUGCAGAUAUUGGUACCAACUCACUGCAGAAUUACCAACUCAGUCCAAAUGAUCACUUCUCGUUGAUGACUAAAGAGAAAUCGGAUGGCAGUAAAAACCCGGAGCUGGUAUUGAAGACACCCUUAGACCGGGAAAAGCAGAAAUCCUACCACUUGACUUUGACGGCCCUGGACUCUGGAGAUCCACCCCUAAGCAGCACUGCACAGAUACAGGUCCUGGUGACUGACGCCAAUGAUAACCCUCCAGUGUUCAGUCAAGACAUAUACAGGGUGAGCCUUCCAGAAAAUGUGUAUCCAGGAACCACCGUGCUUCAGGUGACUGCCUCUGACCAGGAUGAGGGUGUCAAUGCGGAGAUCGCUUUCUCUUUCAGCGAAGCUAGCCAGAUCACACAGUUUGACCUGAAUUCUAAUACCGGGGAAAUUACUGUUCUGAAUACAUUAGAUUUCGAAGAAGUUAAGGAAUAUUCCAUAGUUGUGGAAGCUAGGGAUGGUGGAGGAAUGAUUGCACAAUGUACAGUGGAGAUAGAAGUCAUAGAUGAAAACGACAAUGCCCCGGAAGUGAUAUUCCAAUCUCUACCAAACCUCAUUAUGGAGGACACCGAACUGGGAACACACAUUGCUUUGUUCAAAAUCCGCGACAAGGAUUCCGGCCACAACGGAGAAGUUACUUGUAAAUUGGAAGGUAAUCCUCCGUUUAAGAUACUCACUUCUUCAAGAAACACGUAUAAAUUAAUGACAGAUGGGGUUCUAGACCGCGAGCAGAACCCAGAGUACAAUAUCACCAUCACAGCCACCGACCGGGGUAAGCCUCCCCUCUCCUCCAGCUCAAGAGUCACCCUGCACAUCGGUGAUGUCAACGACAACGCUCCUGUUUUCCAGCAGGCCUCCUACGUGGUCCACGUGCCUGAGAACAACCCUCCUGGGGCUUCUAUCUCACAAGUCAGAGCUUCGGACCCGGAUUUGGGACCCAACGGCCUUGUCUCCUACUCGAUCGUGGCCAGCGAUCUGGAGCCCGGGUCGCUGUCGUCCUACGUGUCGGUGAGCGCGCAGAGCGGCGUGGUGUUCGCGCAGCGCGCCUUCGACCACGAGCAGCUGCGCGCCUUCGAGCUGACGCUGCAGGCCCGCGACCAGGGCUCGCCCGCGCUGGGCGCCAACGUGAGCCUGCGCGUGCUGGUGGGCGACCGCAACGACAACGCGCCGCGCGUGCUGUACCCCGCGCUGGGGCCCGACGGCUCCGCGCUCUUCGACACGGUGCCGCGCGCCGCGGAGCCCGGCUACCUGGUCACCAAGGUGGUGGCGGUGGACGCCGACUCGGGACACAACGCCUGGCUGUCCUACCACGUGCUGCAGGCCAGCGAGCCCGGGCUCUUCAGCCUGGGGCUGCGCACGGGCGAGGUGCGCACGGCGCGCGCUUUGGGCGACAGGGACGCGGCCCGUCAUCGCCUGCUGGUCGCGGUGCGUGACGGAGGACAGCCGCCCCUCUCGGCCACCGCCACGCUGCACCUGGUCUUCGCAGAU